AGAGGACAAGAAGAAGAAUCCUACAAGCAGCAGUCUUCCCACUUUUAUCUAUCGUGUGGACUCUGCAUCUAUUAACUGAGUGUCUUCUUUAAUAGGAGCGAAAUGAUGUCCUCCAAGUUGAAGUGGCUGAUGGUGGUACAGCUCCUGCUAAAUGAACAAUCUCUGUGCACGGUGCACCCUUCUAGUUGUUCACCAGCGAAUGGAAUCCUUGGAGCAGGAGAGACAGACAAACCAUAUCCUCAAACGCAGCCACAGUUUGGUCUCCCAAUUGCAGAAAAGCCUGAUCCCGAAUCAACGCUUACACGUACAGAGAAGAGCCUAAAUUCAGCCAAACGCAUAGUAUCCGUCCUCAAGGCAAAGCUACAAGGGAAGAUUCCAGAUGUCCAUAAUGAGAGGAAUAUUAGCUGUGGGGAACUACUUUCAGCCAGUGGUCUGGAUGACCCUUUAUCCUCCAGGUUCCCUCAGGAACUUCUAGGUCUGGCUUUGGUGCCAGUGCUGGUGGUGGCAAGCUGCCCACGGGAGGCGCACACCCUGGUGGUCAAGCUGUAUGGUCUCCUGGGGAUGGCUGAUACCAACGAACUCCUUCUGGAAGUGGAAGGCCUGAUCCAGAGGAGGACGAAGUUGCCAUCUGAACCUACAAAACUCACUUGGGAGAGCGAUGAAGCAGGGCGCCACCUAGAAGCUGUCAUUUUCAACAUUCAGCAGCUGGCCACGGAGGGAAAGAGUUUGGGACGAGCUAAGAAGAGGCAAAACUGCGACGGUUGGACCCGGGUUAAUGGAACCACGCUGCUUGGAGUAGUUGUCCAGGAUGCCAACAGUGGGCUGGAGGAGGCUAUGGACACCUGUGAGAGGAUGGGGGUCACGUGUGCUGGGGUCACAACCGGUGGACUUCCUGGACGCUAUCAGGUGGUGUUCAAGAAAGGCAGUCACAUCCUACCCUCUCAAGCUACUGACUGUUGGAUCUAUCAGUGUAGUGCAGAGCUCUCAGGCACCGACUUCUCCGCUCGACGGCUGCGACGCGAUCUCCAGAGGAGAUGCAUUAACCAAAAGGAGGAGCGUGUAUACAGAGUGGUGGAGUGGAUCCCCGCAGUCAGCACCCUCUAUAACUUGGGCACAGCGGUGUAUUACGCAUCGGUCAACUGCUCCGAAACAGCAAAAGAAAGAGCCGUACUCACUGCUGUGGACCUCGGCACAGAUGCCCUCAUGGCCGCCACAGGUGGCGCCGCUGGCGUGGCCGGUUAUGCUAUCGGGGCCGGUCUCAAAACAGGCGUCAAGGCUGGGGUCAAGUACCUACUUGGCUCCUUGAAGCAUGAAGAUGUGUUGGUCAACCAGUCCAGUUGGGAAGAGGGUGUCUUCACUGUACAGUGAACAAAACAAGCCAGGACAACCAUCUUCACUCUGUCUUCAUUAUUACAUUCUCUUUUCAUAUAGUCUUAACCUGCUUCCUACCUCUACAAUGUUUUAGUACUCUUAGAGGACAUUGCACUAUGAUCUUGCAUGUACUUCCGGAUGACAAAGACUAGCUAACCCUUCUCCGAUGGCAGCACUAUAGUAAACAAGCCCUUCCAUUUCAUUUGACCAAUGCAGAGGGAUUGAGAAAACUGGGUAAAUGGUGAUUUUAGCCUUCUCUACCACCGUAGUUUCAAUGUGUGACAUUGUCGGGGGAAAUAAAUUCCAGGUAAAUUGCUUGGAACGACAGCGGAAUUUAAAUUUCAACAGGUGAGUUAAUUCAAAAAUAGACGUGGUGGAAAUCAAGACAUAGUUAACAUGAUCAUUGAGGGUCUGUCUAUUCUUUCAUCCAACUAUUUUCUGUACACCUUAACCUCACUAUAGGUCACAGGUGAGCUGGAGCCUAUCUCAGCGGACUUUGGGCUAGGAGCGGGGUACCUUUUCACGCAAAACUGGUCGCCAGCCGUGGCUACUACUUCUUGCAAUUGUCUCUGUACAACUACCUACGACAUCCAUUCGAUUUAUCCUCCUCACCCAUAGGUUCUGCUGUUUCUUUUUUUUUUUUAAUAGAAAAAAAAAACUAACUUUUUGGGUGUGGUACAUCUGGCGCCGCAAACGCCGAGCACUAAGUUUUUGUCAUCGUUUCAGUUCAGGUCAGCAGUAGUUGAUGACUAGUGCCUAUUGUGAAAUGGUGUAUGUGAUGCAUUAUUGGUCAAUCAACAGAAUCCAUCCAUCCAUUUUCUGUACCGCUUAUCCUCACUCGGGUCCCGGGCAUCCUGGAGCCUAUCCCAGCUAUCUUCAUGUUCGACAUUUAAAAGAAAAACCUUUGCUAAUUGAAGUUCCUUCUGCACAAAUUUUGCAAGAUAGUUGCUCAUGCAUAGUAGCUCAUUUGGGGAAAUGCUAGUCUUCAAUUGUGACUACUUUUGGGAGAGCCUAGUGCAAAACUAGACGCCCUAGUUUCCCCCCCAAACUCGAGAUGCUGCACUGUUAAAAUGUGACUUAUUUAGAUCAGCAUUUUUUUUUUAAAUAUUCAACAUUCAUUUAUUUAUAAAUGU